ACUGUCGUUGCUGACAAAAAGCAGAAUUUACGACCAAAGCACAGGUAUAUCUUUCUGAAAAUCGGCAUCCUCUGUAUAACGGUCAUUGUUUGGAUUUACCUGUGUUAUUUCGCUUACAAGCGAAUUUCCGGCGCAUUAAGGCAGAAGCGAGAAUGUAGAAAUAUACAUGAAACUUUGUCACCAAGUAUUGAAGAUUUUGAUCCUGAUUUUAAACGAUACGAAAUCAAAUCAUCAACAUUUCAAAUUGAUCAUGUGAUUGGAAGUGGGGCAUUCUCUGUUGUUUUCUAUGGCACCAUGGAUUUACAUGGCAACAAAAGACGCCAGCCCGUAGCAAUUAAGACCGUGAAGGAAUCGGCAACAGACGCACAGCGAGAGUCGUUUGUUAACGAAAUUCGUAUUAUGAUCAGCUUAGGCAGAUUUCGAAAUAUCGUGAAGCUGAUUGGUUGCUGUACAUUGGAGUACCCAUACUACGUCAUAUUGGAGUACAUGGAACAUGGUGACCUGCACAGCUUCUUGAGAAAGUGUCACCAGCCUCAGUGUCAAGAUCCGCUAUACAAUUUAAAUGACAUCAAUAAAUGUAACAUCGCCCGCCAGGUGGCAUUGGGAAUGGAAUUUCUAUCAUUGCGUCGGUAUUACCAUGGUGAUCUUGCAGCUAGGAAUAUACUGGUUGGUAAAGAGUUGACGGUGAAAAUAUCUGAUUUUGGUUUAUCGACUGAUAUCUACACGAGCGGACACGGCGUGCUGAAGGACAAGCAACCCAGACCAAUUUUGUGGGCAAGUCUUGAGACAAACCUGUAUGGAAUUUGCACGUCAAAAAGUGAUGUUUGGUCGUUUGGUGUCCUCCUUUACGAAAUUUAUACUUACGGAGCAGUGCCAUAUCCAGGUAUACUUGUGACAGAGGUGGUUGCGAAGUUACAGAAUGGAUAUCGAAUGGGCAAACCAAUGGACUGCCCAGAAAUUAUAUACACAAUAAUGUCUAAUUGCUGGGACGCAAUACCAUCGAACAGAAGGACAUUUACACAGCUUGUUGAAGUAAUUGAUAUAUAUCUUGAGGAAUUCUCUCAGAACGACUACAUGCAACUAGGCAGUCAAGAAAACCUCACCUUACAACACACCGACAAACAGCCGCUGAGUACACCGGGCCCAGCCAUCGAGGAGUCUCCAUUUCUCAGCCAGAGAGAGUUCGUCUGAGUGUGCCAUUUUUUAUCCUCACUUUAACCGAGUGAAGCUUAGGUGAACGCGGCCGGUCUUUCGGGACGGAAACGAUGGACCACAGACACAUGUUGAGAAAGAGUUGACGCCACCCUUCAAUUAGAUACAUCAUGCGUGAAGGAAAUUUAUCAUUAUUAUCAUCAUCAUCGUCAUCAUUAUCAUCAGGUGAUGAUGAUAACCAAAUACAGAGUCAAAAUACUAACUCCCAUCACGAUGGCGUGUAUAUCUUCACUUGGAGUAUGUAUUAUUCUCUCAAAUAUUUUUUCGUAUAAGAUUGAACUAUUUUCAUGUGCAACAUUAAGAUUUAAAAUCAAUAAAAAAGCGAGUGAUAGACAGCUUUACUAUGGCGAAGAAUCAAAAUUUUAGUUUGAGGGUAGAUUGAAAAAUGUUAGCGCAAAGUGCCACACAAAAGCUAGUUAAUCAUUGUGGAAUUCCAGCGUGCAUUCCCCCUUAUAGAGAUUGGUUUGUCUGCUGUCAGAAGGCGAGCGAUCCUUCGUCACCCCCUCAAUUUGCCACCGUUUUUUACCAUAUUAAAACACGGGUUUUACAAGAGAAAAGAACACAAGGCAGGAGGCGGCAAUAAUCACUUUAUAGCAUCACCAUGGAUACCAGACAUAAUUACUGAUCAUCAAAUUACGAGUCCGAAUGAGACAAAAACAGAGAAGCAGCAAACCUACAAGAAGAAUACAGAGAAUGAGCAAAAAAAAAGUGAGAGUUGACAGAAUGGAGAGAGAGAGAGAGAAAAUGA